UGACAUCACAGGACCCCGGACACCACGCUCCCUGCAUAAGGGGCAGGACCCUGUGCACUUCCUGCCAUGACGUCACAGGAUGCUGGACACUAACCUCCCCGGAACACGGGGUAGGACCCCGCGCCCUUCCCGCCAUGACAUCACAGCUCCCCAGACAUGGCCCUCCCAGCACGAGGGUGCAGGACCCCACUCACUUCCUGCUGUGAUGUCACAGGACCCUGGACAUUCCAGGGUAUCCUGGAGACCAAGGUCUUCAGGGCAUGGUCUUCCUCCUUCAGCCGGAGGGAACAUGGCAGGAGACAGAGGAGUGACCCUGUUUGUCCUGCUGCUGUCCUGCUGGUGCCACACGGAGCCCCAGCCCAUCAACACGACUUCAGGUACAGUCACAGGUCCACAUACAGCACUGCCACCAAAUUUAAAAAAUUUUGAUGACAACGUGGCUGCACUAUUUGAUGAAAUUCUAGUCCAAGAGAUAUUGGAUCCAAGUAAUUCAUCAUUGCUUAUGACACAAAGACCACUACCAAAAUCAACAAUGAUUAUGAAGAAAAAAAAAACCUAUACUCAAACGGAUUAUAAGAUGGAUAUUAAUAAGAAGCAUCAUAAAAAGAAAUUCUCUUCUGGGAAAGAAAAAAGGCCUUUCUUUGAUGAGGAGAAAGAGACACUUUAUCAGAUUAAAAGCCAAUCAGUUCUGGAAAAAAUCAUUGACAGCCUUCGAAGAGCUUUAGACAACACUCUCAAGCAAAGACUGCAGAAGCACAGGCGUUUGUUCAAAGGAGCCAAACACCACAAGGGGAAAUGGAGCCGGAACUGAGAAGCCAAGACCGCCUGAGGGGACAUCCACUCACCCCGCCACUAGGAGGAAAAAUAAAAUAGAAUCACUAUUUUCUAUAAAGAAGAAUCUCUUUAUUCAAGGAGUGCCAAAUAAAAUGAACACAUUUAAAUAUUAA